AUGCAGACUGUCAAUGGGCUGCUGGCCUUCCUUAUCUUGUGGCAUGGAGCCAAUGGAUUUUCCUCUACCGGCGCUCAUCGUCAUGUGUCCGCUGGAGCAUCGCGUCGCCUCCGGAACAACUCGCCUUCUCCGCUACGCGUCACGUCGCCGAAGACCGAGGAGGAGCUGAGGGAAAAGCUUGCUCGAAACAACGAAGACUUGAGCGAGGUGGACUCGAAGGUGCUGGAGAACUUCGGGGGACUGGAGGACGCACAGUUUCUCGCCGAGAUCAAGAAAGAGAGGCCCUACUUUGCCGUCCUCGCCGAGAAGGCCUCCGAAACCGUCGACUCCAUCUUGAAAACUUCCAAGAGUGACAGGCCGGACAGCUCGCCCCCGACUGGCGUACCCAAGCCGAGGGUGGUUGUUCUGGGAACGGGCUGGGCGGCCCACGCCCUCCUCAAGGAGAUCGACGCCAGCAAGUUUGAGGUCACGACGGUGUCGCCUCGAAAUUUCUUCCUCUUCACCCCGAUGCUGGCGGCAUCUGCGGUCGGGACGGUGGAAUACCGCUCGAUCACGGAGCCCAUCCGUAAGGUUAACCCCGAGGCAAACUACCUGGAGGCCACGUGCACGGGCAUUGACGUGGCCCAGAAAACCAUCACCUGCCAGAACGUGGUCUGUGAGGGCACCACUUGCACCAUAGAGGACUUCGAGUUGCCGUACGACUACCUGGUGGUGUCUGUCGGAGCCACUACCAACACCUUCAACACCCCGGGCGUCAUGGAACACUGCAUCUUCCUAAAGCAAGUCCAAGACGCUCAGAAGCUCAGAAAGGCGAUCGGCAACUGCUUCGAGCGAGCCAACCUGCCGACGGUGACGGAGGAGCAGAGGAUCGCGGCCCUCACCUUCGCCAUUGUGGGGGCCGGGCCCACCGGAGUGGAGUGCUGCGCAGAGCUCAGAGAUUUCAUCGAAGAGGUGGGACGGCGGUGUUGGUGCCUUAAGGCGGCGAUCUCCAGCCUCACCGAGCGGUCCACCAAGCUCAUCGACGAAGGCUUCAUCGAGACGGAGAUGACUGAGGUGCUGCUGAAGGUGGGCGUGAAGGCCGUCACCGGCACCCAGCUCGAGCUGUCGGACGGGUCCAACAUUCCUUACGGGCUCGCGGUCUGGGCAGCCGGAAACGGCCCAUUGCCCCUCGUGCUUGACCUCAUCCAGGAGGUGGAGGAGCAAAAGGAAAAGGCCGCAUGGGGCAGGGGGCGGCUGGUGACGGAUGACUGGCUUCGGCUUCUCGGCGCUCCCUCGGUGUUCGCCUUGGGUGACUGCGCCGUCAUUAAUGACAAGCCUCUCCCGCAAACGGCACAGGUUGCUUCGCAGCAAGGGACGUACCUGGCGCGCCUCUUCUCUAGAGGGUUCGAGUUCUCCGCCACGGUACCGCAGAAGAAUACCGACAACGAGGGAGUCGAAGCGGCUGCCGGGGGCUCCGCAGCAUCAUCCGACGGAUCAGACACCCCCCUCGGCGAGGACGGCGGAGAGAAGGUGCCUCUCUCCGAGAAGCUUGGACUGAGCAUCGUCAAGGGGAAGUUCGCCAAGCCGUUCCAGUUCCUCAACCUCGGCAUCCUUGCCUACACCGGCGCUGGCGGGGCGCUGGCCCAGGUCCAGGUUGGCAAGGAAUCGGUCAAGAGCACGGGGGCCACCGGCUACCUUCUGUGGCGAAGCAUUUACCUCAGCAAGCAGGUGUCCUGGCGGAACCGGUUCCUGGUGGGCACGGACUGGAUCAAGACCAAGAUAUUCGGCCGGGACAUCACCCGGCUCUAGAAAGAAGAAAAGGCUCGUGUUUAACUCAAAGUCGACACGUAGAAAACGGUCUGUCCUAUCUAGACCACUCACGUCCUAUGCAUAGAACAUCGUGUGCUCAGAUUGAAUCUAGGCUAGUCUAGUGGAGGUGUCGUUCUAGGCUAGCUCAAUGCACGAGUCUUCCUGCUGGUUAGAUAGACUGUUGUACUACUACUCUGUAUUGUUCCCUGAACAGGCAGCCUCUCACCGCGGAUGUUGCCGGUCCCCUUUCAAAUACAAAAUGCUAUAAUUUUAGGGCUCAUUGCCGAUUGUGGGGUCAUUUUUUCCCGUACACCGCAAACACGUUGCCAUGCGGCUUAUGAUAUUUCCUUGCUCCCCAAUGUAUGAGAACCAAUGGAGUUGGGUUGCGAAGGAAAGUGCAUGUGCCGGGUGAUGUCGCCACUCGCGAAAGAAAUACCGCUGUGCAGGUAUGCAGUAAGACGGGGCCCUUCGUCCUUACCUCCUAUGCAUAGAGUGGAUUGCGGUUGGACGAGACAAAGGCCACCAUUGGCGUUACAAGGACACGCACUAACCAGCUAUCUAGUGUACCUUUGCCGCGUUGGGAGGACCUUGUUUGUUUUUUCAUAUUUCAUUUUCACGUGGUUGAAGUUGGGCAACUUUCGCUUGUUCUCUGGAUAGAUAUCGUAUCCCGUACCGUUUCCCGUUCUUUUGCGGUUCAGGCAGGCGCAUGAUGCAGGCACGGUAUCCAUCGUUGUCGCCGUACGUGUUGAGGAUUAAAGGAUUUUGCACAUCAAGCUUGUCAGCGUCGGGACUGACGGCGAACUUGUGGUAUACUGCAGAAAGAGCACCGUAUCAUAAGUCCACGGUAGAGUGUAAAGCUACCUGGAAUUACCCACAAUUUUGAGGGCAGCUUCGUGGUACGCCCACGGAAUGAAAGUGGAAUUGCUCGUGUGCUUGCGUCUACUUU